AUGUAUGCAGCAACCACUUCAAAUCAUGAGAAACAAGCAGAAACCCAAACUACCACUGAAAAUAGAUGGCCACCUGAUUUAAGAAAAAGUUUUGAUGUUGUUUCCCCGGACAAUACUGAUGCUGUUGAAAGAGAACUUAAAAUUUUGAUUGAAGAAAAAAUUAGAAUGAACCAAAUGUGGACCACUGAUUGGAAAAACAUGGAAUUACCUCCAAGCUGUUACACACCAAGUCCAAAUAAAGAGAAAGAUAAUAAACGAAGAGGUAGAUCACCAGAACAAGAUAUAGAUGACAAUGAUAUUAAUGAACUUGACAAAAGAGAGAAACGUGCAAAAAGAUUUCAAGCACAUGAUAGAAUGAAUAAAUUACGCUGGGAACCUAAGGAACCAAAAUUAGAUGAUAUAAAUAUGGAACAAACUAUUGUUGGAACUUGUCAACAACUUGAAAAGCAAUAUUUACGUUUAACAUCAGCACCAGAUCCUUCAACAGUAAGGCCAUUACGUGUCCUAAAGAAAACACUUGAAGUUUUAAAAAGUAAAUGGACGGGAGGAAAUAAUUACACAUACAUUUGUGAUCAAUUUAAAUCUUUACGUCAAGAUUUAACGGUUCAACGUAUCCAAGAUGAGUUUACGGUUAGAGUAUAUGAAACGCAUGCUCGUAUAGCAUUAGAAAAGGGCGAUGUGGGUGAGUAUAAUCAAUGUCAAACACAACUAAAGGAACUUUAUAGAUUAAACAUUCCAGGUCAGAUAAUGGAGUUCAUGGCAUAUAGACUUCUUUACUUUGUAUACACAAGAAAUCGUUCAGAUAUUAAUGCAUUAAUAGCUGAACUUACUGAUGAAAUGAAAGAAAACAAAGCAAUUAAGCAUGCAUUAGAUGUCAGGUCAGCAUUGGCUACAUCGAAUUAUCACAAAUUCUUUGAUUUGUAUUUAAAGGCACCUUAUAUGGGAGCAUAUUUGAUGGACCUUUUUGUUGAAAGAGAAAGAAUUUCUGCUUUAAAAAUUUUAUGCAAAUCAUUUAGACCAAAUUUGGAUUUAGAGUUUAUACGUUCUGAAUUAGCCUUUGAAAAUAAAGAACAAUGUAUAAAAUUUCUUUCAGAUCAUAAUGCCUCUCAAUAUAUUAUAUCAAAUAGCACAUUAGAGACUAAAGGUGCACAAAAACCAAUUGAAGAAUAUAGUAAAAAAUUUGAAAAAGUUGAUAUCAAAGGACAGAUUUAA